CCCCGCCCAGCCUGUGGCGGUGGCGACAAGUGCGCCUGCGCACGUCCGCAACCGCCAGUCAAUUCGCUUCUCCUCCACGCCCCGCCCCCUCCUCUCUCCUCCUCCUCCCACAGCCGCCCGGAGCGCGAAGCCAACAUGGAGCCGGAGGACCUGCCGUGGCCGGGCGAGCUGGAGGAGGAGGAGGUGGAGGAGGUGGAGAACGCGUCGGUGGCGGCGACCGAGGAAACCGAGGAGGUCCAUUCCUCUGAGGAGACUGUGAGGUUGGAAGAGGAAGAAUUAGAAGAGGCGGGGCCCGAGGUGGAUUUGGAUGAUUUGGAUUUUAACAGCGAGUUUCAGCCGCGAGAGAGCACGGAUGAAGAGGAGGACGAGAUGGCUAAGGCCUGGCUGCAGGCUCACCCUGUCCACGCUGGCAGGGCUUUCCCUCUGCCCCCGCCCCCGCGGUACCUGUACGCGCCUGUGAAGCAAGUGAGCGACGCUGAGGUUGUUCCACUGACUUGCCAUGUGUGGCAGGAGUCUUCAUAUCAAGACAAUUCUAGAGCAGAGUUUUCCAACCCCAGUACAGUGCCACUGGAAACAACAGUCCAGUGGGAUCCUGGGGAGGAUCAGAGAGCAGAAUCUUGGCAUCAUCUUCCUCAAGAAAGGGAUUCUUCCCAAGCCUUGAAUACAUCCCCGAGCAGUAUUGAUGUGAGAAUAGAAGAAACAAAAGCAAUAAAUUUCCCCUCUCUGGAGAAAGGUGAAUUGACUCAGUCAGAACGUCCAGUCAUGGAACCAAAGCUAGAUCUCUUCUGUUCUUCAUUGCUAGUCAUACAGGAUAACUUUGCUGGUUCUGAUUUGCCUUUGCUGACAUGUUUAACACAAGACCAGGAAUUUGAGUCUGAUUCCUUGUUUCAACAAAGUGAACAAGAAUUUGCACCUUUGAGAGGGAUUCCUGAUAAGUCGGAAGAUUCCGAAUGGCUUGCUCGGCCGUCAGAAGUUAGUGAAGCUUUAUUCCAGGCCACCUCAGAAACAUCUUCAGACUUAGUUAACAGUUGCCUUAGUAUAUCUCAACAUCCACUUACAGGUAGCACAACUUUUGGGUCUCAGCACUCUCUUUUCCCGUCUGAACAAGAGAACAAUGGAGAGAAUGCACCAUCUAAUGCUCCUGAUGACCUGAAAGACCCGAAGGACUCUGAUCAUUAUGAUGCCCUGCUUUCAUUUAUGUCAUGGCAGACGGAAAAGGAUACUCAGCAGCCAGAAGGCAACUUGGCUGAUAAAGACCAAGUUUCCACCUCCACUUUAUCCGAUGUUAGUGAUGAAAGCAUAGGUGCUAAAACCCACAAUGAUUUUGAUUCUGUUUGUUCACAUACUCAGUAUUGGAAACAGGAAGCCUUCCAACAGACAGAAGCAUGUCUGGCUAGUAAGGACGAGGCUUCCUUCCCAUGCGAAGUUAUUCCUCCUCCUCCUGAUAAAACAUCCUAUUCUUUCCUGAGAUGCAUGUUGGAAAGAGGAAAAGGGGAUCCCUUUACCUCUGUUAACCAUCUUGAGAGUGUUUGUUUAAGGACUCCAAGUGAGGAUGAUCUGAGUCCAAAGAUGGAUCCUUUGGAGAGCUUUGGAGGAAAUGAAGAUCUGCAGAAAGAAUUAUCUCAAUAUUUUAAGCAAAAGGAGAUUAGAAAUAUUUUGGCAUCAUCUGAGGUGCAUGCCAAAUCUCCUGAGAUAAAGUUUAUUGGGAUGGGUGCCGUCCCUGAUAGUCAUGAACGAGUUUCAGAAGCACAUAUACUCUCCAGAGGACUUGAAAUCUCUAAGCUGGAGGUUUCUGAUGGUCCCCUUCAGACAGUUAAAUCCAACUUGGAUGAGACAGCAGAACAACUAUAUUUUCAAGAGGAAAGAAACCAAAAGGCAGCUUCUACUUUUGGUGAGAAAAAUGUUGAUGCUACUGAAAAUGUAGCCUUUGAGGCAGUUAUUGCCUCAAUUGAGCCUUCCAAGCAAGAGAGUCCUAUAAGUGAAAUCCAAACUGACAUCAAUAAGCCAUUAGCAGAUGACAGCCAAGAGAGAGAACCCCCAAAACCAGAUCUUCCCCCAUUAAAUUAUAAUGAUGAAAAGUCUUUCAUGGAUAAGCUUAAGCAUCCAAAAUACCAGUCUACUCCUGGGGUGUUUGAACCAGCAGCUUCAAAACCAUUGUUGCAUAAAGAAGAUGAUGGUGGUAGCUCCCUAUCCUGGGAUCCAGAUUUAAAGUCACCCCCUAAUGCUCCUCAGAACAUGCUCAGCCUGCAGGGGAAGGCUGAGUCUGGCAUCGUUACUCUGCAUGGUGAUGUUGAGUACUCCAGCCUAUAUAAAACUGCUGAUGUACACAGUGAAAAAGUUGCUGAAUUGCAAAGAAAGGUAGACCAUUCUGAUCUGGGCAUUAGCCAGCCUUUUCCAUCUCCGUUGCCUUCAUUUGUUCCUCAAGAACCAACCGGUGAAUCAAAAUAUUAUUCCCCCAAUCUCAGAAUGUUGAGGGUAUCUCCUGACACUCUGCCAACAGCUCCUACACGUUCAGCAGGAGACACUUCUAAAGGAGGCAAAGUUGCAAUUGCUCAAUCCAAGUUGAAACCAGAUAUCACUAACACUUUUGGAGAUUCAGACAUUGAAACACGCUCAUCUUUGCCUUUUGAAGAUUUAACUCAGUUUGCUGUUGUCCCUGAAGGCCUUCUAUCUGAAGAGGCUCCCAAAGCUUCAGCUCAUCUUGGAUUAGCUACCCCAAAUACUGGGACAUCACCUGUAACCCCUACUUCCUAUGCACAGAGAGAAAAGCCCGGUAUUUUAUAUCAAGAAGGCUUGCCAGAUGGUUAUCGAAUUGGUCAGGAACUGACAGUUUUAGCAUUUCCUGGACAAGCUGACCAGAAGAGUGGUUUAUCAACAAUGGCCCCUGUCUCGUAUUCACAAAGAGAGCAGCCUGAUACUUUCUAUCAGCAAGUCCUAACAGGUGGUCAUUUACCUGAAGGCAUUCCAAAGACGCCAGCUGCUCCUAGUCUGAGUGACCAGAAGAGUAGCUUCCCAACAGUAACUUCUACUUCUUACUCGCAAAGUGAUGAGUCUGCUGUUUUCUACCAACAUGCCUUGGCAGGUGGUCGUUUACCUGAAGACAUUAUGAAAACUUCAGCUGGUCCUAGGCCUACCGACCAGAAGUUUGAUGUUCCAGCUUCACCUCUUACUUCCCACACAUAUGAAGGACCUACUAUUUUCUACCAACAAGAGUUGCCAAACAGUCAUUUACGUGAAGAGAUUGUGCGAGGUUCAGUUCUUCCUGGACCAGCUGCCCAGAACAUUGGGAUAACUGCACUGUCCUCGACUUCUCUUUCACAUGGAGAAAAGGCUCAUACUUUUUAUCAGCAGGCUUUGCCAGAAAGUUAUUUGAGUCAUCAGCCUUGGAAAGUUUCUGUUGCUCCUGGAUCUGUUGACCAGAAGAUGGGAGCAACAGUAGUCUCUUCCACCUACUCACAUGAAGUAAAGCCUGGCAGCUUUCCCCAAGAAGAGUUGCCAGAUAGGCAUUUUAUUGAAGAAACUCAGAAAGUGUCAUCUGCUUCUAGGCCAGAUGGCCAGAAGCCCGAAAUGUCAACAAUAUACUCUAGUUAUCACUCAAAGGGAAUGAAACCUGUUUUCUAUCAACAUCCUCUGUCAGAAAGUCAUCCAGGCAAAGAGCCUUUGGAUGUUUCAGCUGUUUUUGGAUCAACUGAGAAGACCCAGUCCUCAACAGUAACCUCUGCUUCUCAGCCACAUAAAGAGACAGCUAAAACUUUCUACCAGCAGACAUUAUCAGACAGUCAUCUAACUGAAGAAGCAUUGCCCGUUUCUGUUAUUCCUGGCCGAGGUGACCAGAAGACUCCUUUACCAUCAGAAUUACCUGUUUCGUAUUCUUACAGAGACAAGAACCUGCCUGAAAAUGUUGAGAAAGUUUCCAUUGAUUCUGGAUCUGCUGACGAGAAGGCUGACAUUCCAACAGUGUCUUCUAGUUCCUACCAGCACAAAAAGAAAACUAUUGUUCCUUAUCACCAAGAGUGGCCAGACAGUCAUGUACCUGCAGGGACUCAGAAAGUUUCACUUGUAUCUGGACCAGUUGACCAGAAGUCUGGGAUUUCUCACUCAUAUGGUGAGGUUCCCGGUGUUUUCUAUCAGCAGGAAUUACCAGAUAGUCAUUCAGCAGAAAAGUCUACAAAAACAUUGAUCCCAGGACCAGCUGACCAGAAGACUGAUCUGUCAACAGUACUCCCUACUUCUCCAUCACACACAGAGAAGCCUAUUUUCCCCUACCAGCCAACCCUUCAUGAAGCUUUCAACGCUCCAUCUGUUUCUAAACCAUCUGAUGAGCUAUCUGGCAUAUCAACUGUAACCUCUGCUUCCCACUCAUAUAAAGAGAGGCCCAGUAUUUCUCAUCAGCAGAAGUUUCCAGACCACCACCUAACUGAAGAUGCCCAGAAAGUCUCAGGUACAACUGGAUCAGUAGACCAGAAGACAGGGACACCAGCAGUGUCCUAUUUACAAAAAGAGAGGCCUGGUAUUUUCUACCAACAGACCCUGUCAGGUCCUCUAUCUGAAGAGGCUCUGCAAGCUUCAGCUAUGACUAGACCAGCUGACCAAAGCAUUGCUAUGCCAUCUGUAGCCUCCACUUCCUCCUUACAAAGAGAGAAGCCUCAGAUUUUCUACCAGCAAGCUCUGCCAGGUGGUCAUUUGCCUGGAGAGUCUCUGAAAGUUUCAGCUGCUCCUGGACCACCUGACCAGAACACUGGGGUACCAGUAGUAUCUCCUACUUCCUAUCUUCCUGGAGAAGAGUCCAUUAUUUUCUACCAGCCAGGCUUGUCAGGUAACCCUCUAUCCGCAGAGUCUUUCAAAGUACCAGGGAUUUCCGGAUUACCUGAGCAGAAGACUAGCACACCAGCAGGACCAGCAGGUUCCUACCCAAUUGGAGAGAAGCCCAUUAUUUUCUACCAAAACACUUUGCCAAGCAGUCCCCUGACAACAGAGACUUUCAGAGUGGCUGCUAUUCCUGGGCCAACUGAGCAGAAGAUUGGUACACCCGCAGGACCUUCAGGUUCCCAUCCAGUUGGAGAGAAGUCCAUUAUUUUCUACCAACAGGCCUUGCCAGAUGGUCAUCUUCCUAAAGAAACUUUGGACAUUUUAGCUUCUCCUGGACCAGUCGACCUGAAGACUGGGGAGCCACCAGUGUAUUCUACUUCCUAUUCUUUUGGAGAAAAGCCAAUUAUUUUCUACCAGCAGGGCACAUCAGAGAGUCAGCAAACUAAAAAAGGUCGCAAAGUUUCAGUUGCUCCUGAACCAGCUGACCAGAAGACUGGACUACCUCUCAUUACCUCUUCUUCAUACUCAAAUCUAGAGAAAAAUACCAUUGUUUCUUACCACCAAGAGUUGCCAGAUAGGCCUCUAACUGAAAACGCUGGGAAAGUUUCAGUUGUUCCUGAACCAACUGACCAGAAGACUGGGCUACCAACAGUGCCUUCUACUUCCCACUCAUAUGUAGAGAGGCCUGCUGUUUCUUACCAGCAAGAGUUUCCAGAUCUUAGUGAAAAAGCUUUGGAAGUAGAAAUUUUAGGUAGUGUUGGACCUACUGAACAGAAAACUGAAAUACCAAGAGUGCCCUCUACUCCCUUAUACAGAGAGAUACCUGCUGUUUCUUAUCAGCAGGAGUUGCCAGAUCUUACUGAAGAAGCUUUGCGAGUUUUGGAUGUUCCUGGAGUAGUGCCCUCUGUCCCUUACACAAAGGAUGAGGCACCCCUCACCUCUUACCAGCAGGACUUACCAGAGCUUACUGAAACAGCUUUGAAAACAGGGCCUGGCGCGACUCAUCAGAAGACUGGGGCACCAAUAGUUUCCUACUCAAGUAGAGGGAAGCCCAGUGGUUUUCAUCAACAGGAACUGCCAAGCACUGGUAAGGAUGCAUUAGGUGGUUUUGUUCAUCCUGUACCAUUUGUCCAGAAGGCUGGGAAAGCAACAGAACCUUUAAGUUACUACCCACAGAGAGAGGCCAGUGCUUUCUCUCCCCAGGAGUUGCCAGCCAGCCAUCCCACAGAAGAGGCUCUGAAAGUGUCAGCUGGUUCUGCACUUGCAACACAGACACGUGGGACUCCAACAGGGCCUUCCAGUUCCUACUUCCACAGAGAAAAGUUCAGUGACUUUUAUCAGAAGGCCUCACCAGAUCAUGAUCAUGUUCUAACUGAAAAUUCUCUGAAGGCUUCAACUGUUCCUGGACUAUCUGACCAGAAUAGGAGACCUGCAGUCUUAUCUGGUUCCUACUCACAGAAGGAGAAGCACAAGAUUUCAGCUGCAGAUCCGCUGGAUGACCAGAAGACUGAGUUGCCAACAGUUACUCAUAGGUCCUACCUACAUAGAGAGAAGCCUGCAAUUCCAUCUGUGGUUGGACCAGAUGAUCAAAAGACUCCAUUACCAACAGCUUUUCAUGGUUCCUACCCUCAAAAAGUAAAACCUGUUAUUUCUGUUCAAAAACAGUUACCAGAUAGAGAUCAAAGUGAAGAUAUUCCGAAGAUUUCAACUGUCUCUGAGCCAACUGUUGUAAACACAGGUGUACCAGUACCUCUGUCUGGUUCAUAUUCACACAGAGAGAAAUCGGAUACAUCCUAUGGAUACUCACAGGAACUGCCAGACAGACAUCUAACUGAAGAUGCUCUGAAGGUUUCAGGUUCUCUUGGUCAAGCUGACCAGAUUUCUGGUUUACCUACAGUUUCUCCUGAUGCUUAUUCACACAGUGAAAGGCACCAACUUGUCUCAGAACAUGUCCAAAAACUGAUAGAUAAUUUGAAUUCUCCUGAGUCUUGUUCUCUCAUUGCAAACAGUAUGCCUUUAAAUUCGCAGAUUGAUGAUGGAGUUAUCAUAUGUAAGCCAGAAUCUUCAGGUUUUGGUGAUGUUGGCUGUGAGGAAGUCCGGGAUACCGAUCGUGGUUCCAAAACUCUUAAAGAAAUUCAGACUCUUUUAAUGGAGGCAGAAAAUAUAGCACUGAAACGAUGCAAUUUCCCUGCUCCCUUAGUGCCUUUCAGAGAUGUUAACGAUGUUUCGUUAAUACAAUCCAAGAAGGUAGUUUGCUUCAAAGAACCCUCCACAACUGACGUUUGUACCCAGAGGGAGCUAUUUACAGAGGAGGUCCCUCACAUUGAGUGUGUACAGAAGGACAUUGGCACACAGACGAACCUCAAGUGCCAGAGGGGUGUUGAAAAUUGGGAGUUUAUUAGCUCAACUGCGAUUAGAAGUCCUCUCCAGAGAGCAGAAGACACAGCGAGAAUGGCAUUUGAUGAAACUUUCAGGCGGUAUGAAGCUUCCAGGUCUGUAAUGAGGUCUGAACCUGAAGGUUGCAGUACAGGCAUUGGGAAUAAAAUUAUUAUCCCUAUGAUGACAAUCAUAAAGAGUGACUCGAGUAGUGAUGUAAGUGAUGGUUGCUGCUCAUGGGACAGUAAUUUACCGGAGUCUUUGGAGUCUGUUUCUGAUGUUUUUCUAAACUUCUUUCCAUAUACUUCACCCAAGACAAGCAUAACAGAUAGCCGAGAAGAGGAGGGACUGUCAGAGAGUGAGGACGGCUGUGGUAGUGUAGAUUCGCUGGCUGCACACGUGAAGUACCUUCUUCAGUGCGAAUCCUCACUGAAUCAAGCCAAACAGAUACUUAGAAAUGCAGAGGAAGAGGAGUGUCGGGUCCGAGCCCAAGCCUGGAACCUAAAGCUUAGUUUAGGACAUGACUAUGGAUACUCCAUUUCAGAAUUAAAUGAGGACGACAGGAGGAAAGUAGAAGAGAUAAAGGCGAAGUUGUUUGGUCAUGGAAGAGCAACUCACGUGUCUGAGGGCUUACGGAGUCCACGGGGAAUAGGUUGUGUGCCCGAGGCUGUAUGCAGUCACAUUGUUAUUGAGAGCCAUGAGAAAGGAUGUUUCAGGACUCUAACUGCUGAACAACCACGACCAGACAGCCGCCAUUCUGUUUUCCGAUCUGUUGAAUCUUCAGAUGUAACUAGAGGACAACGGAACCCAUCAUCAUGGAGAGGCAGGCACAUCAACCUUUCCAGAUCGAUAGAUCAGAGCAAUACCCGUUUUAAAGUUUGGAAUUCCUUUCAGUUACAGAGUCAUCCCCCAUUUCAAAAACUUGCACCAGAUGACAUCAAAAUUAGCAAGGGUGUUGGAAUGCCAUUCCAUGCAUACAUGGACCCCCAGCCAUUGGGAUUAGUAGAACCUUCUUGUGUGCCAGCUAAAGAAAUGGAUUUCCCUUCCUCAUCACAAAUACUUCCCCCUGAACCCAAGAAGCAGUUCACUACCUCCAUCACUUUUUCUUCUCACGGACACUCUAAGUGCAUUUCUGAUAGCUCUGUUUUUAAGGUUGGUGUUACUGAAGGUAGCCAGUGUACCAGACCAUCUUUAGGAGUGUUUAAGUCACAUAUCCCUGAAGAGCAGAUUUCUCCUAGAGAUCUUAAACAGAAAACCUCUUCCCCUUCAUCACUUAAAAGGCAUAGUCAUUCACCAGUGACUAUUUUAGCUGAAGGUAGUAGGCAAAGGCAAAAAUUACCUGUUGAUUUUGAUCAUUCUCAUCAAAAAGGAAAACUCUUAGAAAGAUCAGAUUUUAAAGCUGGUCAUUCUGAACCCAGUGUCAGUGCAAGUUUCAAGGGAGUUCAGUUUUCUGGUAAGGAUACCAUUAUUAGCCCAGACAAACUAAGUCCUACACUAGAAGUAAAAGAGAAGAAUGUAGCUAUAACUCCUGAUCUUCCUUCUUGCAUUCUUCUUGAACAACGAGAGCUCUUUGAACAAAGCCACACCCCACAUACAGAUCACGAGAUGAGAAAAUACUCUUCUCCCUUCUGUCCAGACAUUGCUUCUUGCAUUUUUCUUGAACAGCGAGAACUCUUUGAACAAAGCAACGCCCCACAUGUAGAUCAUGAAAACAGAGAAGACCAUUCUUUCUUUCCUAAGCACCAGGAUUGUUUAGAUGCAGAUCUUCCUUCUCCCGAUUUUCUUGAUCAGCAACAAUGCAAAUCCCCAGAUGUAGACGACCACAUGAGAAAACAGCAGUUCCCUCUUUGUCAAGGUCAGGAUUGGGUAGUAGAAAAGAUUCAGCAUAUACCUCAAUCUCACUUUUCUAAUAUGAUAAAUGUUGAAGCCAAGGUCAGUAAUUUGAUCUCCCAGUCAGCCCCUGACCACUGUACAGCUGCAUCUACUUCACCUUCGAAUAGAAAAGCACUUUCAUGUGUUCGUAUAACUCUUUGUCCCAAGACUUCUUCCACGUUGGAUUGUGGAACCUUAGAUGAAAGGUUUCAUUCAUUGGAUCCUGCUUCUAAAACAAGGAUUAAUAGUGAGUUUAACUUUGAUCUUCGAACUAUAUCUUCAAGGUCAUUGGAACCAACCUCCAAAUUACUGACCUGUAAACCUAUAGCACAGGAUCAAGAAUCUUUAGGUUUUCUAGGACCUAAACCUCCACCGGACUUGCAAGUCGCACAGUCUUCUCUUCCAGAUAGUAAGACUAUUUCUCAGGACUUGAAAACCAAACCUCCUCAGAAUAGCCAGAUAGUAACCUCAAGGCAAACACAAGUGAACAUUUCAGAUUUGGAAGGAUAUUCCAAACCAGAGGGGACUCCAGUAUCUGCAGAUGGUUCACGCGAACAGAGUGAGGCUCCCUUUCCUACAUCCUCUGCAAAGGUAUUAUCUGAUGCGGUCACUCAGAUAACAACAGAAAGCCCAGGAAAGACCACGUUUUCAUCUGAAAUUUUUAUUAAUGUUGAUAAUCAUGGACAGGAAGUUCUAGGCCCCAAGGCCCAAAAGCCACCCAAGUUUGCAUCAUCAUCCUCGGUGCAGCAAAUCACGGCUUCUCAUGGCAAAGAUGCCCAGCCUGCGUUGUUGCCAUAUAAGCCAUCUGGUAGUCCGAAGAUGUACUAUGUUCCACAAUUAAAAGCAGUUCCUUCAUUUCUGGAGUCCAAAUCAGAUACCACUGUUGAGAGCUCACAUUCAGGGUCCAAUGAUGCGAUUGCCCCAGAUUUUCCACCUCAAGUGCUAGGCUCAAGAGAUGAUGACCUCUCAACCACUGUGAACAUUAAGCAUACAGAAGGGAUCUAUAGUAAGAGGGCCGUAUCCAAGGGGAAAAAACCCCCUCGGAAAGAUGAUGCAGGUUACAGUAGUACCACUGUACAAGAUGGAAGAACUGAAAACCUGCCAGGCACUAAAUCCAUUGAACAGAAGGAAGAGAUCUGUGUUGAGAGGACCAUCCCUCAGGAACGCUGCCCAGAGAAAGAAGGAUCCUUAGAGAUAGACAUUGCAGAGUCUGAAUGUCAUUCAGCAUUUGAAAACACCACUCACUCGGUCUUCAGGUCAGCCAAGUUUUACUUCCAUCAUCCAGUGCACCUGCCCCAUGAGCAAGAUUUCUGCCAUGAGUCUUUGGGAAGGAGUGUUUUCAUGCAGCAUUCGUGGAAGGAUUUCUUUCACCAUCAUUCAGAGCACAGCUGCCUUCCUCCUCCUGGCCCAAGUGCAGACAAGACCAAGAUGGAUUAUACUAGAAUUAAAAGCCUCAGCAUCAAUUUGAAUUUGGGAGACAAUGAGAAGAUGCAUACUAUCAAGAAUCAGGCCAGAGACCCAAAAAGCAAAAGACAGACGAAUGACCAUAAAAAGGAUCAGAAGGUCACCCCAGAGUUAACAACACAGUGCACCGUGAGUUUGAAUGAACUCUGGAAUAAGUACCAGGAGAGACAGAAACAGCAGAAACCUCCUGGCGUUUGUGAUAAGAAUGAACUCUCCUUGGUGGAACGACUUGAUCGUUUGGCUAAACUGCUUCAGAAUCCUAUCACACUUUCACUCCAGGCCUCAGAAAGUACACAAGAUGAAAGCAGAGGGGGGCGAGGAAUGAGGGGGCGGACUGGGAGGAGGCAGCAUCCGCAGAAGUGCAAGCUGCAGAGGAAGUGGCCUAAGAGUCUGGAGAACGGUCGGAGUACUGGUGACUUUAGGAAAAGCAGAGUGCUUCCUCAUCACGGUGGGAAGUCCAAUCAGAUUAAGAUUGAGCAGGUUAAGUUAGACAAAUACAUCUGGAGGAAACAACCAGGAUUUAAUUACAUCAGCAAUACCUCCUCGGAUUCUAGACCCUCAGAGGAAAGUGAGCUCCUCACAGAGAGUCCCAACAUUUUUUCCAGCACGACUUCUCCUGUGGACUCAGAUGUAUUGACCCAAACUGACCGGGAUGUGACUUUAAAUGAAAGGAGUAGCUCCAUAUCCACCAUUGACACAGCCCGAUUGGUCCAAGCUUUUGGCCAUGAAAGACUGUAUCUGUCACCCAGGCGAAUUAAAUUAUACAACAGUGUCACUAAUCAACAGAGGAGAUAUCUGGAGAAGUGGGCCAAUCACAGCAAGAAGGCACUGAACACAGGCUAUCCCCAAAUGACUUCUGAGCACACCAGGAGGAGGCACAUCCAGGUGACAAAUCAUGUUUCUUCUGAUUCCAUUUCAUCUGCUGAUAGUUUCUUGAGCUUGGACUCCACCCUUUACACUGAGGAAAAUGUGCACAUGUUGAAUAAGGGUGUACAAGCUGGUAACUUGGAGAUCGUGACUGGUGCCAAAAAAUACACUCGGGAUGUUGGGGUGACUUUCCCAACUCCCAGUUCUAGUGAAGCCAGGAUGGAAGAGGACAGUGAUGUGACUUCUGGGUCAGAAGAAAAAGCCAAAGAGAAAAAGUUCCUCACCAAUUAUCUGCGGGACAGAAACUUAAGGAAUCACAAGUCAAGUUCCUGUGAAGGUGUCUCAUGGUUUGUUCCUGUGGAAAAUAGAAAGUCUGAAUCUAAGAAAGAAAACCUGCCAAAGAUUUACGGCCCUGGUAUCUCCUGGUUUGAACCAGUAACCAAAACCAAACCCUGGAGGGAGCCACUGAGGGAACAAAACUGGCAGGUGCUGUGCAUGAGCAAUCGUGGGUCCCUGGGAGGCCCAGGCGGAGAUGGUGGCCGUGUUCCGCUUAGGCCGUUUGUGAGAGCAACCCUGCAGGAAGCUCUUCAGCUUCACAGACCUGACUUCAUCUCCCGUUCUGGGGAGCGGAUAAAACGCCUGAAGUUACUAGUCCAGGAAAGGAAGCUACAGAGCUUGUUCCAGAGUGAGCGGGAGGCUCUGUUCAAUGCUGUGCGGCCCCUGCCUAGGAGAGGCCCCCUGGCUACCCAAAAGAACAAACCUAUUGGAAAGAAAGAAAUGAUCCAGAGGACCAAACGGAUCUAUGAGCAGCUUCCAGAAGUGAAGAAGAAGAGAGAAGAGGAGAAGAGGAAAUCAGAAUAUAAAUCCUACCGGCUGCGAGCUCAGCACUAUAAAACGAGAGUGACCAACCAACUCCUGGGGAGAAAAGUGCCUUGGGACUGACGUAGAUGACUUUCCUCAGAGCCUAGGAAUCCUUUUUUAUAAGCCUAAAGAAGCCUAAUUUAUACUUUAAUGAAUGAUUUAAUAAAGCUUUCUCUUUGUCCAUG